GCACAGUAGGGUGCAAGACUGAUCCUCUGGUCAUGAACGGAUGCCGGGACCUACCAGAAGGAGCAAAGCUUGUCAGUCAAGACCUCAGAAUAAAAGUGUGUCAUGCGACACAAGUACACUUGUGACACCACCUCCAUUGUUGCAAGAGUCUCCCUCGACUCCUAUGAAAAGGACAUGAGGCCUCUGAUAGUGACCCGAGUUACUGCCCUGAUGACUGCCCAGACGGCUUCAUCAGCAACGACAGGAGAACCACGCAAGUUUGACCCAACAUUCAGAGGACCAAUCAGCAACAGAAGCUGCACAGACGUGUUUUGCUGUGUGAUCUUCAUCAUCAUCAUCCUUGGAUACAUAGCACUGGGGACUGUGGCGUGGCUACACGGUGACCCCAGGAAGGUGAUCUACCCUACAGACAGCUACGGACAGUUCUGUGGGCAGAAGGGCACCCCAAAUGCAAAAAAAUCCAUACUGUUCUACUUCAAUAUCCUGAAAUGUGCCAACCCUGCUGUCCUCAUCAACCUACAGUGCCCGACCACUCAGAUGUGUGUUUCCAAGUGCCCGGACAGAUUUGCAACCUACACAGAUAUGCAGUUGCAAUACCAAAUCACUGCAGCCCCCUGGGAAUAUUACAGGCAGUUCUGCAAACCAGGAUUCAACAACCCAACAAAGCCUGUUGCACAAGUGUUACGAGACGAGGACUGUCCAUCAGUGAUUGUGCCUAGCAGACCAUUCCUACAGCGCUGUUUUCCUGACUUCAUCACUCUGAAUGGAACCCUGACGGUGGCCAAAAGAACCCACUUCAAAGAUGCCCUGGACACAGCCCGCGGUGUGACUGAACUAAGAGACGCCGCCAAUGGCAUCACAGGUCUGGUGGAUGCUAAGGAGGUUGGGAUGAAGAUUGUGGAGGACUACGCCACCUCAUGGAACUGGAUCUUAAUAGGUCUGGUGAUAGCUCUGGUGGUCAGUCUGAUCUUCAUCUUGCUGUUACGUUUCACUGCCGGACUCCUCCUCUGGUUCACCAUCAUCGCCGUCAUACUGGUGAUUGCUUACGGGAUAUGGCACUGUUACCUGGAGUUCUCCCUCUUGAGGCAGCAGCCCGGGGCAGAUGUGACCAUCGUAGACAUCGGCUUCCAGACAGACGUCACGGUUUACCUGCAUCUCAGCCAGACAUGGCUCAUCUUCUUGAUAUCUCUGGGUACCAUAGAGGCCUCCAUCUUGAUCAUUCUGAUCUUUCUGAGGAAGAGAUUACGGGUCGCUAUCGCUCUACUGAGAGAGGGAAGCAAGGCCAUCAGCUACAUCAUGUCAACACUCUUCUACCCAAUCAUCACCUUCCUGCUGCUGGCCAUCUGCAUCUCCUACUUUGCUGUCACCUCUGUAUUCCUGGCCUCCUCUGGAGAUGCCAUCUAUAAAGUAAUGGCUGCUGAGCCCAACUGCAUGUACGGAAACAAGACAUGCGAUCCUGAGACUUUCAACAAGACCAACGUGUCCAAGACGUGUCCGGGCGCCCAGUGUACAUUUGCGUUCUACGGCGGGGAGACGCCCUACCACCGCUACCUUUUCAUCCUCCAGCUGUCCAACCUGCUCAUCUUCCUGUGGCUGGUCAACUUCACCAUCGCCCUGGGCCAGUGCACCCUGGCUGGGGCCUUCGCCUCCUACUACUGGGCCCGGAGGAAGCCCCAGGACAUCCCCACCUGCCCCCUGUUUUCUUCAUUUAGCAGGGCAAUACGGUAUCACACGGGCUCACUGGCGUUUGGUGCUCUAAUUCUGGCCCUUGUUCAGAUGGCACGAAUUAUCCUGGAGUAUCUAGAUUCAAAACUCAAAGGUGUCAAUAACGUGGUAGCACGCUUCCUGCUCUGCUGCCUCAAAUGCUGUUUCUGGUGUCUAGAGCGCUUCAUCAAAUUCAUGAACAGAAAUGCUUACAUUAUGAUUGCGAUAUAUGGGAAGUGCUUCUGCACGUCAGCUCGAGACGCCUUCUGCCUAUUGAUGAGAAAUGUAGUAAGGGUGGCGGUGCUGGACAGAGUGACAGACUUCCUACUGUUCCUGGGGAAAGUGCUAAUAGCAGGGAGUGUAGGCGUCAUAGCCUUCUUUUUCUUCACACACAAAAUACCAAUUGUUCAGGAAGAUGUGCCGACCUUGCAUUACUACUGGGUACCUCUACUGACGGUGAUAUUUGGGUCCUAUUUGAUCGCUCAUGGAUUCUUCAGCGUCUAUGCAAUGUGUGUGGACACGCUGUUUCUGUGUUUCUGUGAGGACUUGGAGAGGAACGAUGGGAGCCCUGAGAAACCCUUCCUCAUGUCUGCUGAGCUGCACAGUAUUCUGAGAAAAACUGAGCACCACUGAGGGACACAAUACAACCCUCUCAUACAAACUAAUAGCUUUACUCUUCCAAGAUAUUUAGCAUGCUUUAAACUGAACAGAGCUCAACUCUGGCUACCUACACUAUGCUGUCUAUCAGCUAACAAGGAGAUAUCAGUCUCUAAUGGACAAUGAGACCACUGACUGUGACUUUUGCAACUCAAACGUCUAAAGUCUUCAGAACUAACAGUGACUGUGGUUUUGAGAGACUCACACGAACUCUUACAUCGACUAUGACGUGUGAUCAUUAGAAUAACUGGUUAGACUUAGAGAAUCGAACAAUGAGACUAAUGGUGUGACCAUUAGACUUGUGACGACUUUGCUACUGCCUUACCUCAAGACUAGGAACUGACAAGCAGGAACUCUUUUGGAACAAGUUCAGGUGGUCAGACUUCACUGUGACUUGUGCUGAUAAGAAACAAACUUGUAACUCUCUGGUCCAGAGAGAGAGCAAAACACUUCUGGUUUGCUCCAAACAGAUCAGAGGCUAUGCAUAUCCAACCUGCAGUACACUGCUAUCGUCCCUAUCCUCUUUAUUAGUCCUCAGCAGCUGUACUGUAACUACAGUUUACAUGGACGAUGGCCCUUACUGCAAAAACAAUCACGUUAUGAACUUCCAUAUUUAGAACUAAAGGAACAUUUUGGGUGCAGCAGACUGACAGAACCCUAAAUUGUAGUCAGACCAAUACUUGUUCUGCAGACUGUCUUUAAGCUAAUGGUUAAACCGGUUGAUUUAUGCUACUCAAAAUCAAUAUUGGGUACUAAUGGAGUUCCAAAUAUUCAGCCACUAAAGGUUAAGUAACAAUCAUGAUAAAAUUAUGCCCUAUAUCACUCUAUUGCAGAAAACUCUACAGUCAAAACCUGCAACUGGGAUGACCUUUACACCCACACAUGGGCUCAUGUACAGCACGGGUAGCCUACGUUAUGUAUGUGAUACUAUACAUGUAUGGGCGGACUAGCUGUUUCAAAUAAGGGCUCCUGUAUAUCUAAUAUGAUCCUCUCCCGCUAUAUGAAUAUUGAAUCCUACUGUAUCGACUUUGUCAACCUGAUGCUUUCACUUUAACUCAACCAGAGCCUGUGUACAGAUUUGAAGGCAUGUCAUCUCAUGGUCCUGAUGGGAUGUCCUUACAACUGAAUGGAGUUACUUCAUGGCAAUGGACUGCUCUCCAUAAGCCAUACACAUACUGUAUGUUGUCUGAUAGGAAAGCAUGCAAGUGAAAUAAUCCCUGGCUGAUGUUUGAUUACAGUUGUCUGAAGUGAUUUCAUUUUACCUUGAUCACCGUGGCUCUGGCAAAUACUUGGGGAGACUAUCAAAUACAGAGGAUGUGCACAUGUGUCACUGCAAUGAAGACCCAUACAAUUUUUUAAAAGGCAGUUCUGUUAGCUGAGCAUAAGGUGUUAUGACUACAGGUUCUAGUUAGCGUGCCUAGCUAGUGGAUAAUUGAGGUUUUUACUUUAGCCUAAACAUAUUUUAGACUCCUGACAAUGGAAGGAUGUCAAAGCCAUUUUGGUAGAAUUUGUACUUCAGUGGUACAAAUGAAAAAAGUGCUAUGUUUUUAAUGUCAUUACUUGUACAUGCUCUUUUCUACAUUUUGGGAUCAGUAUUUAAUGUGAUUUUCUUUUGUAACAUUUAGUCACUUCUAUAAAUAAAAAGCAUUUGAAUAGUUUCAUGUGCUUUACAGCAUUUGCUGUGCCACAAUGCAAUUACACCAUAAAAGAAAAUAGUCUAUUCUCCCUCAGUUUGAGUUCGUCUUUAACUCUUAUUCCAGUGCUGGAUCAAGAGUACAAUGAUGGUUCAGCAGCUCGACCCUACCACAUGACCAGCACUCUGAGGAGGAUGCUCCGCAGGCGGCGGACAAGACCGAAGAGGGAGUAGGAAGAUUUAGAUUCAGAAGAGGGACUAAAGGCAAGAAGAUGGGUCUGAACGUUCUGACGGCAUGCUCGCCCAUGUGCCAGUGCCCAAUCCAAAUUGUCAACCAGCAACAGAGAAAUGUGACAUUUACGCAUAUGCCGCUUACAACAAAAAUACUAUUAAUUCAGUUAAAC